AUGGCAACAUUAGACGGUAUCAAUGUGAAGGAUAUUGUCAAAGUUGAACGUACUUCUGUCCACUCACACAUCACGGGUCUCGGUUUAAAUCAUCGUUUGGAGGCCGAAUAUGUGUCAGGAGGAAUGGUCGGACAGGUUGCUGCUCGUCAAGCUGCUGGGCUCAUUGUCAAAAUGAUUCAGGAAGGAAAAAUUGCUGGACGCGCAUUGCUAGUCACCGGAGAACCUGGAGCAGGAAAAACAGCUCUUGCUAUCGCCAUUUCGAAGGAGUUGGGAAUCGACACUCCAUUUGUGAGCAUCGUUGCUUCUGAGAUUUAUUCAACCGAAAUCAACAAAACUGAAGCACUUACACAAGCCUUCCGACGGGCUCUUGGCCUCCAAAUCAAAGAAGAAACGGAAGUUUUGGAAGGGGAAGUCAUUUCAUUGGAUGUUGAUAGACCUGCGAAUGGAGUUGGUCCGAAGGUCGGAAAGCUCACAAUGCGUACCACUGACAUGGAGACGAUUUAUGAUUUGGGAUCGAAAAUGGUGGAUGCAUGUCUCAAAGAGAGAAUUAUGCCAGGAGACGUGAUUCAGGUCGAUAAGGCGUCUGGCCGUGUCACUCGUCUUGGUCGUUCCUUCAAUCGUUCUCACGACUACGAUGCAAUGGGUCCAAAAGUGAAACUCGUUCAGUGCCCAGAUGGAGAAAUUCAGAAGCGACGUGAGACAGUCCACACCGUCUGCCUUCACGAUAUCGAUGUCAUCAACUCUCGAACACAGGGAUACGUGGCACUCUUCUCUGGAGAUACCGGAGAGAUCAAGGCAGAAGUUAGAGAUCAGAUCAACAAGAAGGUUUUGGAAUGGAGAGAAGAAGGAAAGGCAAAGUUCGUUCCAGGCGUUCUGUUUAUUGAUGAAGCCCAUAUGUUGGAUAUUGAAUGCUUCUCAUUCCUCAACAGAGCCAUUGAAGGAGAGCUCAGUCCCCUGAUUAUCAUGGCCACUAACAGAUUGAUCGAGAAAGUGCGUGGAACCGACGUCGAAUCAGCGCACGGUAUUCCAUCUGACUUCCUCGAUCGUAUGCUUAUCAUCCACGCUACUCCAUACACUGUCGAUGACACUGCCAAGAUUCUUUCUCUCCGUUGUGACGAAGAAGGUGUCAGCUUGGAACCAACAGCACUCGAUCUUCUUGUGAGACUCCAAUCAGCAACAUCUCUUCGUUACUGUAUUCAUCUUAUCGCAGCCGCCGAAGUGAUUCGUAUCCGAAACAAGUGCGAACGUGUCACAACUGAUCAUAUCAGCCAAGCAUACCGUCUGUUUUUCGAUACCAAGCGAUCAGAGAAAAUGCUCACAGAGACCAGUGGAUAUUUGCAUUAA